GCAGGAGUGGAACUGAUGAAUGAAUGGAACACGCUGAUUUGCAUCCCUUCCGGCUUCGGGGGUUGCGGCCCGAGUGGAAACAAGCCGACAGCUGUGGACUGGGCAGACUGGUGUUACGGUCCUCCAUUCACCUGGGGAAGUAGAUACUGGGAUGGCACCCCACAGAUGGCCUAUGACUUUUAUGCCAGAACUGCCAAGAUGAUCAAGCGGCGCUAUCCUGGCAUUCAGGUUGGUGGUCCUGCCUCUGGUUUCUCACCCAGCUUCUUCCUUGGAUCAAAGACUUCCUGAGGCACGUGAAGGUCCAGGGCGCGCCACUGGAUUUUUUCAGCUUCCACUACUACGGCCAAGGCCAGGGGCAAUCUACGGACAUGGCAUCGAUGCCCGCGGCCUACCAGAGCUUCCUGGACGCCAUCGCCUCCGUGGGAGGUUUUGGCAGCGUGCCUGUGGCCAUCACGGAGUACAACUCGCCGUUUGUGCUGGGAAACAGGAGCGCGUAUGUUGGGUCCCUGGCGGGUGCUGCCGAUAACGCGGCGAAGAUGGCGUUUUGGGUGACACAGCCCAGGAUGCACGCAGCUUUCCUCUAUCAGGGGGUUUCAGGCGCCUUCGAAGCGAUGAAUCCUUAUAGCUUCCCCUUGGGCUGCUCCGCCACGGUGAAGGAGCCGGCCUCCAACUGCAGCGCCUGCGGCGCCGGGCUCCAGGCCGCGCCAUUCUUCGUGGCGCCCGCGCGCCCGGACUUGGCGCCGCCGGCUCCCGCGAGGAGCCCCCACUGCGGCUGCGGCCCGCAAGAUCUGCAGUGGAUGAACAGCGAGGGAGCAUAUGGCGCCACAGGAGUGUGGGACUCCAGUUGCAGUUGUCCGUUGGGCUCUCUUCAGGGCUGCAGGGGCUGCGACAACUUCCACUGCCAGUUUGGCCCAGCCCCGGAGAGCGGCAUGGGCGCCAUCUAUGCAGACGGCCUUCGCACCCCCUCGGGUGUGCUGCUGAGCAUGCUGCGAAGUGCGCAGGCGAGCCGAGUGGUGAAGAUGUCAGGAGUGGAGAUGUUGAAGGCCAAAGGCGUGUACCCUUUGGCUUGGGAGGAGUACGGGCAGGCAGUGUUGCUGCUCAGCAAUCCUUCCCCAAAUUCUAUCCAUGGACUGCCCUCAGUGGAUGAGUUGAUACCGACAGCCCGCUGGGUUUGGCAAGCCGUUCGUCUGGCACAGAGGUCAAAAGACUCAAAGGAUAUCAGUGGCCUGGAUGGCUUUGAUUCCCCACUUCCGUUGCUGGGCUACACUCAGGAUGCGCCAAGGUUUAAGGGACCGGCGCGCCAGAAGCUGGGCCCUUUAGAGGCUUUCCAAGUUGUACAGCUUUGGGUCUCCUUCGCCGGCUGUGUCUCGGCUUACGGGGGCGACUAAUUUGAACUUUUGGUUCCCUGGAACACAAAGGCUUUGCCAAAGCGCAGCCCUUAGGUGAAAGUCUCGAAGUUUUAAGAG